AUGGAGGAGUGCGAGGCGCUGUGCACACGGCUUGGCGUACUGGUAAACGGUCGGUUAAAGUGCCUCGGCUCCUGUCAACACCUCAAGUCGCGCUUCGGUCAGGGCUACAGCCUCUGCCUCCAGGUCUCCUUGAACCCCUCCAUGUGGCCGAUUACCGUCACCUCUCCAGUCCCUACCAGUACUGGCGUCAAUUGCGUCGGCAGUCGAGCCUGUCUCAGCUGUGCCUCAUCCAUGAGUAAUCUUACUGUCGGCGUUGCUAGUACCGGAGACGCAGGCAGUUGUUGCUCCACUCCCACUGGCACUUUUGGGGACUCCGGUUCCCUGGCUCUACGUGCCUCCGUACAACGUGUGAUCGACUUUCUGACAACCGAGCUUACGCACGUCCAGCUGCUGGAUAGGCACCAGGUAUGUAUCAGUGACCCCCUUCGCUCAUUUUCAGCUCUUGUGUGGUUGUUUACCUUUUUCCGCAGGUAA